UUUUCUGUCAAUAUUGUCACAGUUGUCAUAAUAGUGGGAUAACAACAAGUAGACGUCCUCGAUAAAGUGAAACUAACUUACGAGUAUUUAAAUGGGAACAACACCAUCCGUCAUUAUGUUUCGAAAGUGAAAUAAUUUAAAAUAAAAAGAAGAAUGGGGAAAACUAGCAAAGUAGUUGUAUGUGGGAUGAAAGGCGUGGGUAAAACCGCCGUAUUAGAACAACUCAUAUAUGGAAAUGUGAGCUAUAAGUCAUCAUUUUACCCGACUAUUGAGGACAUUUAUGUGGCAAAUAUUGAAACUGAUCGGGGUACGAAAGAGAGAGUCUGUUUUUACGAUACAGCGGGAUUGGAGCCCCCGCUUACAGGCGAGUUUAAAGGCCCGCCUCAAUCCCCGACCAUGCAGUUGACAGCCAACCAGGUGCUACAGCGUCACUACCUCGGCUUCGCUGAGGGCUUCGUCAUGGUAUACGACACCACACGACCGGAGUCACUGGAUGUGCUCAUGUAUUUAAAGAAAGACAUCGACAGGAAUAAGGAUAAGAAAGAGGUAGUAAUGCUAGUUAUCGGCAACCGCACGGGUCCAGAUGAUGUCAACUGUUUAGAAAACACGUGUUCGAAAGCGUCAAAUUGGUGCGCGCGGGAAAAGAUCCGCCAUUUUGAAGUCUCAGCCAUGGAUCGGCCAUCUUUAUACGAACCGUUCAUUUUCAUGACUUCGAGAUUAAACCCGGUUCAGAAUAAAACUGCGUUCCCACAAUUAAGUACGCUGAGUAAGUUGACCCAGAAAAAUAACAAAAGUGAAGCUAUGUAACGGUACGUUUUUAGUCUAUGCCCAUUCUGCUAUCAACCGUGAAGGUUGAUCGCGUUGUUUGUGGUUGAGGUGAGCUGUCAAAAUGUGGCGGGAAAUAAUUUUUAAAUUGCCUAAAAUGAAAAUUUAGCUUUGCGUAAACUAAUAUUUAUAAUGUAGAAAUUACAAAGUUUUUGACAAGAUAAAAGUAAAUGAUCCUAAAAUUAGAAAGCUCUUUUUCAUAACAUGUUAUGUAAUUGAUUCAUAGAUAUAUAAGCUUGCGUAGUUGGACUCAUUAGAGAUACAACUUGUCUGAUAUCGGAGACCGAACUACAACAUAAAAC